CGCAAAUAAACGCAAUGAAAUUUUAUUUGCUGCUGGUUAAAAUUGAAUCGAUGUUUUCAAAUGAUAAUACAUAUUUCUACUACGAGAACGAUCUGUGUGAAAAUGAAAAUAGUUAGUGUGAUGGUUUAUAUUGUUGACACCUGGAGAUAUCGCCAGUACGAUGAUUGAAGAAGGUUUGGCGUGUUAAAACUUAUCGUUGAAUAUCGUAUCGAACUGACAUAUAACUUUUGCAUAGUUAGAUAAUAUCGAACGGAAGCCCAGCGAAUUCUUGUGUAUAUGCACUUUUUGUACAUAAGGAAUGAUAUCGAAAUAAGACGGAAGUGAAAACAUGGUUGGACGUCUAUGGUCGGAUGAACGGAAGCUGUAUUACUAAUAAGGUUUAGUGUUAUGGAAUAUUGAGCACUUAUUAUACGUAUAUAUGUUUGAACGCUUGCCAUGCAUUAAUUUUAAAACAUGGCGUCGUUCUUUGUGCCGCCACUGCUAUGCGCCAUCCUUUCUGGAAAAUCGAUACGGAAAAGUGGAAAAGCGCACGCGCAAAAAUCCCCAUGCUGAUGUCCUAUGCAUCCGAAUUUUCACGACUCAAUUCUGUAGAUUUUCAAUGUUUUUACUUAUCCUACUUGGUUAGCAAAAUUAAACCGUGAGAAUGUAACACUGGAGGAUUAAUUGGACAAACGGCAAUGUAGUAAAAUUAAAAUUAACCAGAUGUUUCAGAUACAAUGCCGCCUAUGGAUCCUGAGCAUAUCAGCAAUUCUUCUUCUUUUCAUCUACAACAUUACGCUAACUUUAAAACUGAUGUACACUCCAGUAUGUCCUAAAGAAAAUCCAGUUCAAAGACCAACUAGGAUCAUAUACAGAAAAUGCACCAAGGAUAUUGCAGGACUCCAUCACAAUGAUCGUAUCUUCAAUGUAGACCUCAAUUUGGGAAGAUGGGACGAAAGAAGAAAGUACAAGCUAUUCGACAACAUUCUUAUAGGAGAUGAAUACUCAACUCUGGGCAGCUCUUUCAAAACAUGCCUCGCAAGUCAGAGUUCUGUAGAAAAGCUUCCCUCCAUCAUAGAAGUUUCUAGCCAUUGGAAUGGGCCUAUAUCACUAGCCACCUUCGCUGCCUAUGAAGAUGAACUAAAUGCCUUGCUAAUGUAUAUUUUGUAUUUGAGAAAGUGUGAUUUGGGCAUUAGGCACAAGAUAGCUUUCCAUUUGGCUUUAGCGAGGGAACGACGACCAAAGUCGUUUAGUAUUGACCUCGACCGUCUGGAGACGCUGGAUUGUGGUAAACCCUUGGAGGUGUUAAAGGAUUUGAUUAAAGACAUAAACAAAGGUCCUAAUAAAUGGAGGAGUAAGUUGCCUUAUCCUCAAAAUCACUUAAGGAAUUUAGCAAGGAAGAACUGUCAAACGAAAUAUAUUUUCCUAACAGAUGUUGACAUAAUUCCCAGUAAAGAAAUGGCUGAAUCUCUGGAUGUCUUUCUGGAAAAGGUGGAUUGCAAGGGACAGUGUGCCUAUGUUGUACCAACAUACGAAGUGGACGAGAGGGUAGUCUUUCCUGCAAAUAAGACUGAGCUAGUCCGAUUGGCAAACAAAGGUCUCGCAAGACCCUUUCAUCAUAAAGUCUUUAUUUAUAAUCAAUAUGCAACAAACUUCACUAGGUGGCAGAAUCAAGUAAAUGAAGAUUCAGCAGUUCACGUGAGUCACCCUGUAACAAAUUUUGAGUUCCUCUAUGAACCGUUUUAUAUUGCAACUGAUACAGUUCCUCCACAUGACGAGAGAUUCAUUGGUUAUGGAUAUACUAGAAAUAGUCAGGUGUACGAAAUGUUUGUAGCAGGUUACGAGUUCCUGGUACUAUCACCAAUUUUCACGUGUCAUUGGGGUUUACAAGUCAAGCGCACCAGACCUCCUUGGCGGGAGCACCAGAAUAAUCUUAACAGAAAACAUUUCGAUGGAUUUAAGAGAGAAAUAUUUGCCAAAUAUAAUAAGGAUCCACUAAAUAUGAUGGCCAGAAAAACGUAAUACUUAUAUUGUAUAAUAUAAUGAUUCUACCAUUUCUACUGUGAUUAAACUUAUUUUCAUUUUCAAAUACUAAUAAAAGUACAACUAAGGAAC